AACCAUUAUAUAUAUUAGGGAAUUCCCCGGGCAAAGGUUAUCGACGCAAGUCGUUUCGGCAGUUUGUUCUCAGAGGCCCCAGCAUACUUUCUCGUGACGACAUCAAAUUGUAAGUCUGUUUGAACAAGGCCUAUCUAUUGGCCUAAACAGAAUCCGACCCGAAACCCAUCUGAGCUCAAAUCUGAUCCGCCUCAUCCGGCCCUAUCCUUCAUCCAGUUGGAUGUAUGUGUGACUCUCUGGCUCUCAACCCGACCCGACAGGAUAAGUAUGAGUUCAGAUGACUGCAGCCUCGUUCUCAUGAGCUUCAGGACGUUCCUUCACUGGCCCUGGUUCUUGAAAGCUACCGAAACCAGUCAAAAUGGAGCGCCCUUCACACGUGACAUCAUGCCUAGUGGUAGUAUACAUGUACCUACAGGUUUGUUCAUUCACGCGAACAGACAACGAGGAAAUUAUUUUCUUAGAACGAGGCCACCGUGGGAUCGUACCUUGUCCCCCCAUCACAUCUCGCAAGUACACACCUGGAGACAUUGACGCCAUGUAUUGGUACUACGGAACAACAAGCAGCACGGCCCUGCUGAUCUCGUACUUCAGGGGACGAGUUGCUCCUCAGAACGGCAUACCACACGGCAUCUAUGAUAUCGACAGUGAGUUCUCUCUAGUCAUCGAGAACGUCACUGCCAAAGAUGAGGGAAUUUAUCACUUUAUGUUGAAGCCUCGAUUGCAAAUGGUUGAGGAAGGACAAGUAGAAGUUUGUGACAAGGUUUCCUCAAGGCAGCGGUAUCCUACAGUCAUCGAGUGUGAUCCAGGCUCAUCAGAUGCAGACCACUGCGAGAUUCGUGUGGACCAGGCUACUCCAGAGCACAAUCUGACGUGUGUCGUGGACCAAGUUAAACCUGCCGUGGAACUGUUCUGGAUCCGUCCAUUUUUAGGCGGCUUCACGGUACUAAACGCUUCUACCUCGGUCAAGCCUGUUAGUCUGCCGGCCAACACAGGUUCAUCGUUGAGAAACCACACCUACUCGACUUCAGCAUCCAUCCAAGUGAAUGAUGUCGACGAUGAUGCAGUCUAUCAGUGUGAGGCAAUGGGUGUUGCUGUAGGUAGCGGCAGCAGCCACAUGACGGUGCACUUUACCAAGACUGUCCCCACCACGGCUAGUUAUGAAACACAGCCAUUCAGCAAUCCAGGGGAUACGAUUAGUUGGCCUGAUAGAGUGGACAUACAUACCUCCGAGUCUACUUUGAAGCCCCCUUCUUUAAUCGUGCCUCUAUUUGGGAUGUGUGUGACUUUGCUCCUGCUUGUCGUGUGGAUUGCGUUUGCUACCACGAGAAUUAUGUGUCGACGAGGCAGUGUAUACCUGAAUGAGGAAGUGUUUGCUAUGUACUUUAAAAGCGCUUGACCCUGGUCAUCAUAUGGGAGAUUUGCCCAGCAGUGCCUGCUUAAAUAGAAUGCUAUAAGCUUGAAACAUGUUUUAAAAAUUAAAGAUCGGCAUGCUUGGCAUAUAAUACACAUGCUAGUUGGUGUGUGUUUUAUAUUGCAUACAUCUGUCUAAAAUGCCAAAUAAAAGAACUUACCAGGAUUAAAUAUCUGAACCAUUUUAUUGAAACCAUUAACUCUCGAACAAAGGUGUCUCGUAAAACACGUACGGACUGGCACAAGUUGGUUACUCGUACACUUUACCUCCCUCGGGUCUAUUAGUGACUGGGCUGUGUUUCCUUUGGCCCACAUACGUACACGAUAUCAUUGGCGGUCAAUAUGUGUAUACUACAUAGAUCUACAUGCAUGUACAUGUGUGAGAUUAGAAUGUCCCAAUCCAUUUCUGGGGGUCUAGUACUGUAUGUUUCUGUGCUGCGUGCUUUACAUAACUUUACCCCUCCCCCGAAAAAAUUGAAUGAAAAAUUUCGAAUCAGAAAGAAAUUAUUUUCGGACAAACUCAAUGAACAAACAAAAUAAACCUUCCGCCAUCUUAUCUAUUUAUUUAUUAUUUUAUUUAUUUAUUUAUUUAUUUCUUGUGGGUACAAGCUCCUUACUGCCCCAGAUGCAUGCGCCUUGCCGUGGCGGGGUGGCUUGUGUGCUCCAAGGAUCUCAUGAGCUAUGCCGACGGGAGCCGCGUACAUGCACUGUACUCCUGGCAGGUUUAACCAAGCCGGAAAGGUCGUUGAGGGAGGAGCCAGACUAAGCAUGCAUGCACCAAAGUCCUACAUCACUGGUCGCAUCAGUGUAUACCCAAGACGAUGUCGCCCUAGAUCUGCUUCCGAAAACUCCUUCUUUCUUUGCGUUUCUCAGGCUGCUUGUGUGGUCUCCCCAUGGAAACCUGCAAAGUGCCUUCAUUUUGAUGGUUAAUAAAACUCCCUAGACAGAAAGGUAAUUUAAUCAGCCUUGGGGCAGAGGCAGUGGAAGUGGUCGAACAAGAUAAAGAUGACCAAGAAGAUGACCAUCGCGAACUUACAAGAGAAACGAAACCCGGUCAUCGGCUACUCCCAAACGUGAAUUGAGAGAAAUCCGAUUUGAUUUGUGCUUCGAUGAAAAGCGAGAUCCUUUAUCAAGAAGAUGUUGCUAACCUUAAACUUUGUCCAAACACCACGUCACUGCAACCUAAAAGCCUGAACAUAAGGAAACAACGCUUUUAGAUCACUGCUUCCCAUAACGUGGCACGCAGAUUUUAAGAGGCCGGCCGAUCUCAAAUCUGUAGGCCUAUGUGGUCCUCACAUAGAACGUGUUAGCAGUGAGAUUACUGGGAGGUGGUUUGGCGGGAAGAGAUUUCAAAAGAAAAGUCUUUGAAGAUUAUCUAGAGUAAUAACUUGAAAUAUUUCGGAAUAUUUCGUGCAUUUAGAGUGUAAUCCAUCAACUUUUGAACCCGCUGAAACUUUGAAAAGUGACAGCUGGCCUCGAAGUGCCAGUCGAGUGCCACAUUGGCGUCAUUUCGAAGGGAUACGCCCCCCAGUAGAUGCCCGUGCGCUCCCCGGCCCGGGUGCACCCCUACCCCCCAUUUGAAAUCUGUGAAUCAUCUCCGUUGAAAUGCAGCUGUAACUUACUUUUCUGUAGUGCCUCUGUUUCCCUUGAAAGAGUGUGUGCACUCCAUGGUUUCUCCCGGACAUACGCCGUUGCUGCAUUACGCUUGGAAGGCACGUAGAAUUCAAGGAUAUCGUCUCCUGCAUAGAAAAAAAAGAAAGGUUUAUUUACUAAAAAAACAUUCACAGUUUCCUUUGUGUAAAAGCAUAGUGAGUGUAAUGUUUAUGGCACGUUUAAAAAUAAAUGUAGGAUAUUGUAAACUAUAAUCGAGUAAUUAAGUUUGUUUAGAUAAUGGCAUGGUUAAUCGCUAUAGAGUCUUUGAAACAUGCGCUACAAGUGCCUAACAAUCUAUCUGUAAAGAAGUUUUCCAAACUAACAUACCAACUGCAUGCUGAAAUCCCCAAAUUUUCAAACUAAGAAAACUCCUCAGAAAAAAAGAACUUGGACAUACAUGAAAAUAUACAUAAAUGGAGUGAAUAAAAAAACGAAAAAUCUUUUACCUGGUUUGGUACAGACUGUGCUGCAGCUGACUAAUAAAUAAAAUUGUUUUAUCUUGUCAACACA